UCCUCGACGCGCCCGGGGACCCUCUCUGCUCCAUUCACCCAUCGGUGCUAUCCCCGCACGCCUGUCGCCUGUGCCCGCUACCGCCCCGGCGCCGCCCCGGGACCCCGCACCCGCUCCCUGCGGGGGCGGCCCCGCCGUGAGGGCGGGCGCUGCCGCCGCCGCUCGCCCUGCCCGCCGAGCGAGGAGAAGCCCCUCACCUCCCCUCUGGUCCCGGGGGAGGGGGCUGCCAUCACGUGUGCUUCCUCCCCCUUCUCUCUCUCUCGCUCUCUCUCUCCCUCCUCCUCCUCCCCCUCCGCGGCGGCGGCGGCGGCAGCAGCAGCCUCUCGGCUCCGCUCCCUUUGUUGCAGGCGGAGCGGCGGCGCUGCCGGGCGCCGCGCACAAAGGAGCGCGGCCGGGGCGAGGCGGCACCGCGGGCGGACGGACGCGGACCGAGCGCGGCACCGGCGGGGACAGCCCUGCCCGCGCCCGGGCGGCGGCGGCGGCGGCGGCGGCGGCGGCGGCGGGUCCGUGCGGCCGCUGCGGCGGGGAUGCUGAAGGUGCGCUCCGGCGCGGCGGAGAAAGGAGGGUCCCGCCCGGGCGGCGCCGCGGGCUCCGGCUGAUGCUGCGGGCCUGCCGCCGCCAUCCCGCUGCCGCCGGCGCUGCUUCUCCGCCGCCCCUCGCCAUGCUGGGAGAGAGCCCGGCCGCCGCCCGGCCGCUCCUGCGGGCGGGACCCCCGCUGGCGCUCUGCUACACAUCGGCCCUCCUGGUGCUCGCCCUCUCCGCGCUGCCCGCCGGCCGCGCCUCUCACCCCUUGCCCGGCUCCGAGUGCCAGGGCGGGGGCAAGGGGAAAGGCAUCAACUGCUCAGAGUUAAAUGUAAGGGAAUCAGAUGUAAGAGUGUGUGAUGAAUCAUCAUGUAAAUAUGGAGGAGUGUGCAAGGAAGAGGGCGAUGGCUUGAAAUGUGCGUGUCAGUUCCAGUGUCACACAAACUAUAUUCCAGUUUGUGGAUCAAAUGGAGACACUUACCAAAAUGAAUGCUUCCUCAGGAGAGCUGCUUGCAAGCACCAGAAAGAGAUAACAAUGGUAUCAAGAGGACCUUGUUAUUCAGAUAAUGGCUCUGGGUCAGGAGAAGGAGAAUAUGAAGGAUCUGGGACAGAAGUUCAGAGAAAACACUCAAAAUGUGGAGUUUGCAAAUAUAGGGCUGAGUGUGAUGAAGAUGCAGAAAAUGUCGGGUGUGUAUGUAACAUAGACUGCAGUGGAUACAGUUUUAAUCCUGUAUGUGCUUCUGAUGGAAGUUCCUAUAACAAUCCAUGCUUUGUCAGAGAGGCGUCAUGUCUGAGGCAAGAGCAGAUUGACAUCAGGCAUCUUGGGCAUUGUUCAGAUGACACAAAUGCAGUCGGAAAGAAAGAUGAUGGCAUGCAGUAUCGGCCAGAAGUGAAAGACGCCAGUGAUCAAAGAGAAGACAUUUACAUCGGAAACCACAUACCUUGUUCAGAAAGCUUCAAUGGUUACUGUAUACAUGGAAAAUGUGAAUUCAUUUAUUCCACUCAGAAGGCUUCCUGCCGGUGUGAAUCAGGAUAUACUGGACAGCACUGUGAAAAGACAGACUUUAGUAUUCUUUAUGUUGUCCCAAGUAGACAAAAGCUUACGCAUGUCCUUAUUGCAGCAAUAAUUGGAGCUGUACAGAUUGCCAUUAUAGUUGCAAUUGUCAUGUGCAUAACAAGAAAAUGCCCCAAAAACAAUAGAGGACGUCGGCAGAAGCAAAACCUAGGCCAUUUUACUUCAGAUACAUCAUCCAGAAUGGUUUAACUUAGUGCUUUUUAUACCUACAUUGACCAUGUGAUGUACAUUUUUAUUAUAUCUUUUUUUAAAGAAUGGAAAUAUUUAUUUCAGAGGCCUUAUUUUUGAACAUUUUUAGUGUAACAAUGUUGGUCUGUAUUCUGAAAGCAUCAGCUCUAACAGCUAUGGACUGUUUUAGUAUCUUUACUUUUAUGUUUUUGAAUACAGUAGUUCAUUUUCUGUAUCUGUAUCACAUGGUUAUAUAAUAGACUUGUGCUUUAUCCAUGGAAUGUAAUAUUUUUGGAAACACAGAUUUAUUUCAACAAUGUUGUAGACUUAAAAAAGCCCCAACAAACCAACAAAAUAAGUCCACAUUACCUAACAAACAAGGCAUGAACUAAAGGUAAAAAUGUUUACAGCUUACUUUUCUUAUGAGGAAAUAGAAAACACUGUGUUUAAAUACCGUAGAUAUUUAAAUGUUUUUGGAAGUUAGUAACUGAUUUUCUAGACACUGCCUAUCGCAUGAACUGUGAAGCUGUGUGCUGUGUGUAGUUGUAACAUAUUUAUAAAAUAUGUGGGCUGGGUCUAAGCACUGCCAUCUACAUAAAUAAUUCCAACAAUUUAUUUUUAAAGAGGAAAAUUAUAAAUUUCAUAAUUUGGGAAGUUACCUGGUAGAACAGAUGGCACAGGUCCAAAAAAGUAGGUCUUAGUAGAUUUAGGUAUUGUAAAAAAAUUGGUGUUGAAUAAUUGAACACAAAUAAUUGGAAUAAAGCCUACUUUAUCACUGUUAAAACUGUUUUAAUACUUCUUAAACUUUUUUAAAGGAAAUACAUGUUUUAACACCUACAAUACAGAUUGUAUAGUGUUUGUGAUUAAAAUUUAAAAAAAAAUAAAAGUGAAUGAAUUACUAGUGCUCUUGUAUAGAGUAUUUUCAAGAGCUAAAGAAGUCCAUCCAAAUUAGUCUGCUGGUCAUAGUUAUAUUAAUAGACUGUUAGUUGUCGUUUGAAAGAUCCCAAGAUAAAGUGUGAAUAGGAUGUGUUCAGCUGUUUUAACAUGUAGUGUAGGCUUUCAGAAUUUUGCAUGUAGGAUUUAAUAAUUUGUUCAAUAAAAAAAAAAAUGCUUUCAACAUUUUGAACUGGAAAAGCAUGUCACAAUACAACAUUUUCACUAUA